AUGAAGUUGCUUCCGUCAAUUUAUUAUAUUCUAAAAUUCAUUUUUGUUAUUUUAACAUUCAUCACGCUGUAUUUCUUAUCACAACACGUGCAUCGUGGAUUUAUCUGCGGGGAUUCGAGCUUAUCAUUAACACCAAGACCAGACACAAUUUCAAAUGCCUUGCUAGUAUUCUGGGGAUUUUCUCCUUUCCUUAUCCUUUUUGUUUGGGAAUUUAGUUCCAUUUACGCGAAUUCCAGAACUAUCAAGUUUAGUUUGAAACAGAGCUGGAAAAUUGUGGCAUUUCUCUGUCAUCGUUUUUUUGCUGACAUGUUGUUGAUGCACCUUGUAGUGGUGGCCGCAAAAUUCUUUACAAGAUCACAUCGGCCACAUUUUUUCGAGACUUGCAAACCUGAUAAAAUGUAUAAUUGCACGCUGGGAACCUUUGUAGAUAGUUUCGAGUGUACAAAUACAGAAGUUGGGAAGAUAAGAAAAAUAGAUGCAUCGAUGAGUUUCUUUAGUGGUCAUGCAGCUACAUGUGUUUAUAGCUGCUUCUUCAUCAUUUGGUACAUCCAAAGAAAGCUGCAAAGCUCUUCUAUUGUGAUAAUCCCAUUCAUUCAAACUUUGUUGAUUUGUCUGGCUUUCUAUGGAUCAAUUUCAAGAGUUUUCGAUCAUCGUCAUCAUUGGUGGGAUGUUUUAGCUGGAGGAAUUGUUGGAUUAAUAACAAGUUACCAUGCAUGCUACGUUUUAUGUGACAACAGUCUUCCUAGAAAAGAAGUAAGAAAAGAUAUUAAAGACAAUAACCAAACAUUUCUACCUACAAUCAACGUAUAAUUAAAUGAAGCGUAAAGCUUUAAUUUUGAUAUUAUUUCUUAAGUCACUAAAAAGAUAAGUAUUUGAUUUUACAGACAAUGUGCAAUAUUUUGAAUUCCUUCAUACUCAUACACUUAAUUUUAGUUAUUUUAUUUUUGGAAAUAAAAAAGAGU